UCCAACUUUAUCAGUUUAUGGUUAUCGACUUGCUAGUAUUUACCUUGCUCAUUCUUCUUAUAGAACAUUGCCGUUAGAUUUUCAUAAUUUGCUGCUUAAAAGUUAAAAUCAACCUAAUCAGUCUAUCUCAUGGUUAAUAAACUUUUUGUUGGUUUACAUUCAAAUGACUGACGUGAACAGAUAUGUAGUAAGAAUGUUUUGCCUCUUAGAUUUGGUAUAUCAAAUCUAUAACUCUUUAUUUUUUGGUUUAAUCAUGCAUAUUUGAAAUUAUUUUUUGGUUUAAUCAUUCAUAUUCGAAACUUACUUUCCUACCAUAUAUUUCUUAUUCGAACUCGAAAUAUUUAGUUAAAAGAGAAGAAAUCAUAUUUAUCCCAUGAUACUGCAAAUUUGAAGCUAUUGAUAUUGAAUCAGUCGUUCUUAUGCCUUGAAAGCUGGUCAGACAAGAAGUGUUUCAUAAACCUAGAAAAAGAAAUCACAAUCCGUCCUGUUCAAGAAGAUUAAUACGAAGGUUUGGUUUUAUCACUUUUUUAACCCAAGUAAUGCUAUUUGAUCUAAAAAAGGUCCAAUCUUCUGAUUCCAUAUAUAGUUGGCCUACGCGUUUAGUCAUUAUCCCAUCUUAUUAUAUACGCCAAUUGUAUCAGGUUUUGUUGAAUAACUGAUGUUAGGAUUUGACUUUAAUAUCUCGACACUUCUCUUUCCUAAAUACUUUGAAUUCAAAAAAAUCAAAGUACAGCUCUGCUUUGCUUAGUUUCACAGCAAUUUAUUGCGUCUAAAAUCAGAAACCCGGUCGAAUUUUCCACAAAGAGAACCAAAAAUGAAGGGAUAUAAACCCAGUAAGCACUAGGCAGUACUACUAAUAGCUGCAGAAAUUAAAAGGCCCAUUAAACUAGCCCAGAUGUAAGCCCAUUGGCAAAUAACCACAGGCCACAGCUAAUUAUUAAGCUUUAACCAGCAUUCAAAACAAUUCAAAGUUUAGCCACUUUUAGUUUCCAAUAUAAAAUCUGGAGAAAAAAUAACCCAAGCUCAAACAUGGGAAAAUGCAAACACAUUGUGCUGGAGUUUAGAACCUUUAUGAGUUGACUCCUGAAAAUUCUGGAGUUUGAACUACAUAUAAGAAAUUUCAAGAAUUUUUCUAAGAGUUCGCUUGUCAAAACUAACUUUGAACUUCAGCGCCAUGUUUGAUCUUUUUCUGUGUUUUAGACUAUUAGCUAGGGAUAUUGUUGUUCAAAUUUUAUUUUCUCCUUAAUUAUGACUAUUUCACAAUUACUUGUCAGGCAAUUCGCACGAUUGUCCUAUCUCGGGGUGGUCUUUAUUUUUGUCCUUUGGCACUUUAAGUAAUAAAAAGUAGCCAAAAAUACUCUUGACAUCGAAAAAACAAAAAGAAGAAAUUCGGAUCGAUGACUAAUUUCGCAAGACAAGGUUUCAUAGAAACUAUACCUAUUCGAGCAAAGUUACAUAUAAACUAUGCCUUGUCCGGCAUAGUUCAAUAGAAAUUAAGUUAUCCUACAGAACUAUACAGGACAAGACAUAGUUUCUAUGUAAUUUUACCCGAAUAGGCAUAAUUUCUAUAAAAACAUAGUUUCUACAGAACUAUGCCGGAAAAGGCCUAGUUCUAUAUAACUUUGCCCAAAUAAGCAUAGUUUCUAUGAAACAUUGCCUUGCGAAAUUGUUUUUUUCACUUUGCUGGGGUUCGAACCCAGAAUCUUUGGUUCGUAACCAGCGAAUAAAGGUACUUUGACCCACAAAUUUUCAUUAAAUGAGAAGUAGGGCAAAAAAUUAAAGACCAGCCCAUAUGAAGGACAAUCCGCGCCAAAAAAAGAUUAACAAGCAGUCCAAAACCGUGACUUUUGGGCUAAUUUUUCUGAAAAAGGGCCUUUUUGAUACCCAUGAAAUUUCUUUUCCUGUUUUUUGGAACUUUUUUCUUUUCCACGUUAUUGUAAAACUAGUUUUCGCACUUGUACUUUAACACGUGUAUCUCACGCUAAUUAAUUUAAUAAAAUGAUUUUAAUAAUAUUUACAAUAUAUAUAUAUAUAUGUAUGUGAUAAGUUACACAAAAUUUGAAGGGGAAAAAAGCAAGGGAAUAAUUGUUAGUUGUGAUAUAUAUGGAUACUCAAUAGUUACAGACAUCAAAUUAGGUUGUUGUCGAAUGAAAGUAACAUCUUAUAUAAGUAGCCUUCCCCUUUUUGUAACAACGUACAUAUCAAGAAGUUGUGAACGAAAAGCGAUUUAAUCAACAUGUCCACCUCAUGAUAGCUCGUAACUCAUUGUCAGUUUCAUGAUAUACUCCUGUAAAGAAGUACAUAAUAGCUAGGUGUAAUAGAGAUGCUUAAUAGUUACUGAUAUUAGAAAAUUUGAUGUAUACAAAUACUGGAAAAAGGAAUAAAAUUACAUGAUAUUUAACUUUUACUAUAGAAAAACAAACUAUAAAAUUUUAAUAUAGAUUCUAAUACCUUUCUCUUGACCAACUUCAACCCCUGGCUAUUUGCUUCAUAAAGUUGAAGUAACAAUGAUGAAUGAUAUUAGAUGCUCUAUUUAUAAGUGAAAGUUUACAUUGCACGUUCACUUUAAAAGCAUAUAGUAUAUAGGAAGCCAAGUAAACAUUAAAAACAAAAGGAUAAAUAUGAAGGAAUAAUGAAGUACAAAUGUUAGCUUUAAUUAGAAGAUGAAAAGAAUUCACGGGAAUUUAAAGGAAUACAUGUAAAACAUUUCUACAAUAAAUUCUUAAAUUAAAAGGAUAAUAUUAUGAAGUUUAGUAUCUCAAUACAAUUUUUUAAAAAUAUUCAUUUUAUAUAUUAAUAUUCAAAAGCAUAAUAAUGAUAGAUAAUUGUAGAAUUAAUUGAUACAUGAAUCUUUCCAUUUAAUUGAUUUACUUCUCAUUUAGUUAAUUCAUUUGUCAUUUAUUGAUAGGUAAAUUUACUAUUUGGUGUAAAAAAUAGUAUAGAAAUAGUAUUUAGAUGAGGGAUAAAGUGUCGUAUAACUUUUAAUGAAUGUUUUAACUUUUUAAUGUUCCCACCUUUGAAAUAGUAUGAUGAUAAUAUACCAGACAUUGGUUUAUGCUCUCUAUGGAGAUGUGCAAAGUGUUUCUGCUUGUUUCAUAACACGACUCCAAUCUAGGGAUUACUCAAAGCUGCCUAGUUUGGGUAGCUAUUCUUUUUCUCCUUGAAGCUUUUUUUUUCUUCCUUUUUUUUUUUUUUUUUUUUGGACCCAUAAAAACUAGGGAAGAAAAUUAGUAAAGAUGAGAUCAUUUUUGCGUUGGAACCUUGUUCUAAAGUGAUGCGGGGCGAACCGCAACUCAAGUAGCAAUUUCUCUCUUCAGCAUGACCCAAAAGAAAUUUAUUAUAAAUACAAGGCUUUAUUUGUAGACGAGAUUCAGGUUUCUGAGUCUCGGGUCAAAAAAAGCCAACCCCUUUUUAAUUAUUUAUCACCUUUUUAUUCUUUCAGCUACGGUGUAGUUUUCUGACCAUCAGCAGCACUGAAAAUAUCCAUUAGCUUCACAAAGGGCAAAAGAAAAAGAUCCUUAAUUAGGUUAAUAUAGGCAUGGUCAACAGGUGCAGUCAGUUAAUGAAUAUGAUAUGAUAUAUUGGAAUUUUAUAAUCCAUAAGAGGGAAUUUUCAAAGACAUGUUCUUUUCCUGUUCAGUGUGAACAUAAGUGCUUCCGCCUCCUUUCAUUUCUGUCCUCCUUUUGGUAAAAUUAGAUUCAUCAUCUAGAACUGUUAUUUACAGUCUUGGAGGAAUUUUUCAAGGUUAUUGACUGGAAAGCUAACAAUAAGAUUGGAGCAAAAGAUUUACGCAGGCUUGUUUAUUCAUUUGAAAUUUCUCCUUCUAGUUGUGAACGCAAACCUUAUUUUCGUCAUCUAAGUUGAAAAGUGAAUUUUAUAUAUUAAUCACUGGAAAAGUCAUAUAAAAACUGAGCAGUUUUCCAUACCAAUUCUCAAGCAGGACAUCUUUUGUUAGUCAAAACUGGAUUAUGUUUGACACUAGGACACUUAAAUUGAAUCAUAUAUUUUGCCAAAUUCUUCUAAUACAUAGGUUCUCCAGCCAACCUAGUCUUUCAUUGAUGAGUUCUCACAAAUGCACGCUCAAAACUUCCCUCUUCCUCUGCUCCAUCCCGUCAUCACCUUCUUAUUCUUCUUGAUCACGUCCUCAUUAUCCUAUGGCCAAGAAAAUGAACAGUAUACCACUUGUAAUAGCUCCUACAGCUGUGGGAAUAUUCAAAAUAUAGGCUUUCCUUUUUGGGGUGGUGAUCGGCCUCAAGAAUGUGGUCUUCCAGAAUUCGAGCUUGAAUGUGAAGCCAACGAGGAUCCCGUUAUAAAGAUUGAUAAUCAUAAUUUCCGCGUACGUGCCAUCAAUAAAGAUACGAGAACCAUGAGAAUUGCUCGCAAAGAUCUUGAAGAAGACGUUUGUCCUGAUAGUUUUGGCAACACUACCUUGAACGAUGCCCUUUUCCACUAUGGUCCCGACCUGCAUGCUUUCGUCCUGUUAUAUGGUUGUCCUUUCAGUAUACCUUCAGAGUGGAAAAAUUUCUCCUUUAUCUGCAAUAACACUGGAGACUCCAGUCUUGGUUUCUAUCCAGAUGAGUCAUUUUCAUCAUUUUGGGGACCAAAGUACCCGAGUUGUGAGUUUAAGGUCGUGGUUCCUGUUGUGAUAAAGGAAUUUGAGCAGUUUGAGAACCAAGGAAGUACGAAAAUAUCGGAGCUUUUGAAGCAAGGGUUUGAUGUGGUUUACAACAAAAGCAUAGAAUGUAUGGCUUGUGAGAGGUCAAGGGGUUUAUGUUGGUUAGAUACAGAUACUAGGAAGCAAACGUGCCUUUGUCAGGACCGAACUUAUUCUUACUACUGCGGUUAUGUACCGGAUCAAGGCACUAAAAGAGAUAUCCGGGUGAAAGUUGCCGUAGGUGUAGGUGCAACUGCAUUCACUGCCGUUGUGGCAUGUGUAAUUUUCGUUCUCUAUCAUCGUCGACAAAAGAAAAGUCAAGCUGGUUCGUCUUUGAUUUCCAGAAGCAUCCUUUCCUAUCCCUCCUCAACAACGGACCCUGCAAAGGCUUCGCACUAUUUUGGAGCUCACGUCUUCGACUAUAAUGAACUGGAAGAAGCCACAAACAGUUUUGAUUCCAACAAAGAGCUAGGAGAAGGUGGCUUUGGCACAGUAUACUUAGGUAAACUAAGAGAUGGACGUGAUGUUGCUGUAAAACGUUUAUAUGAGAACAACUACAAGAGGGUUGAGCAAUUCCGAAAUGAAAUUGAAAUCCUCACUCGCUUGCGCCAUCGGAAUCUAGUUACCCUUUACGGAUGCACAUCUCGCCAUUGCCGUGAGCUUCUUCUUGUGUAUGAAUAUAUUCCCAAUGGCACAGUUGCUGAUCAUCUUCAUGGAGAAUGCUCAAAGCCUGGAUCACUUUCAUGGAGUACACGAAUGAGCAUUGCCAUAGAAACAGCAAGCGCGCUAGCCUUUCUCCACAAUUCAGAUGUCAUUCACAGAGAUGUAAAAACUAACAACAUCCUCCUGGACAGUACUUUCUGCGUCAAAGUAGCAGAUUUUGGCUUGUCUCGGCUUUUCCCAACUGAUGUUACACAUGUCUCAACAGCUCCACAGGGUACUCCUGGAUAUGUUGAUCCCCAGUAUCACGAAUGCUAUCAACUCACCAGUAAAAGUGAUGUUUAUAGUUUCGGGGUGGUACUAAUUGAGCUUAUAUCCUCCCUGCCAGCUGUUGAUAUCUGUAGGCAUCGACACGAAAUAAAUCUAUCAAAUAUGGCAAUUAACAAGAUUCAGAGCAACGCAUUACAUGAGCUGGUUGAUUCAAAUCUUUGCUUUAGCUCCAAUGAUAAGGUAAAGUUGAUGAUCACUGCCGUGGCAGAGUUGGCUUUCCAAUGUCUUCAGAACGACAGGGAUUUGAGGCCAUCCAUGCCAGAAGUUUUGGAGGCUCUACUUGGAAUUCAGAGUAUGGAUAAAACAGCAACAGAAAUAGGCAAGCCCAGUCCUGGUGAUGAUGCUGGGUUGUUGAAGAAUCACCCGUUAUCUCACUCACCCGAUUCAGUUAUAUCAAAAUGGACUAGCAGUAGCAGCUCAACAACAACUGCUUCCAGUACUGGCUAAGUUUAUGCCCUCAGCUUGUCUAGUUUGUGGUUUUCUUAAUAGUGAUCUUGAUCACCUGCUCUAUUGGUUGCCGAAACCUGAAUUUUCGUGUUUUUCCUUUUGAUUACUUUGGACCUUUUUGAUGUACAUAUCUCGUAUGCAGUACUCUAAAUUUAACAAAGCUAAUUCAAUUCAUUUCUUAAAUUCUUUAGUAAA